UGUCCGACGGGUAGCGGUCUGACGAGUGAAGAGACAACCGAGUUCAAACACUCGCGUUUGUUUUGGCUGAGAAGCGCUCGCAUGAGAUUAGGCAGGGAUUAAAAGUGAGUUGAUGAUGAUGAUUUUGUCUUCUUGUGACCUGUCAUUCAGUGUCUUAUUUGAACACAGUUGCACUACAUAUAAAUAGAGUCUGUCAGGCUGCCGAUUGCUGCGUCUAACGUUUCGUAUUCAAGAAUGGAAUUGAAUGAAGAGCAACUCAAGUUGGCAGAAAAACAGCUGAAAAAACACCUACCGCUCUCACAAAACGUGUAUGGAGCACUUGUCAUGAGGAACAGGGUGAGUUCAGACCCCCUGGAUGUCAUCGUGGACACAUGGCCAGACUUCAGAGUUAUCAUCUGCAGACCUCAAGUCAUCCAGAGGGAGGACCUGUUCAAAGACAGCCUGGUGUUCACAACGGAUUCAAAAGCGCUGGAGGAGCUGGUCAGAAGAAACCCAGUGUUCGACUGGACCCAAUUUCUCUGUCUUGGCACCAAUCUCAAAGACAUCAGCCUAUUCAAAACAUUGGCAUCUGAAAAAAAAGUGCCUUGCAGUGAACUGGCCAUUUGUCACAUGAUGACACUGACAGAUGUCAACAAACUUCCACCUGUGGACAGCACUGGGGUCAGACUCGCCUCCCUCACUGAAUCCCACAUUCAGCUAGUGAACCAGACAUGGAAGUUCAGCGAGGGCAUGGCUGAGACUAUGAUCCGCAACAUGAUUCGCAACUUUCCCUCCAAGUGUGUUUUGGAUGAGAGAGGGCAGCCGGUCUCCUGGAUCCUGACGUACAACUCAUCUGCCAUGGGAAUGUUGUACACGCUCCCAGAGCACCGGGGGAAAGGCUACGCUAAAAUUCUGAUCAGCACCAUGGCCAGGAGUCUUCACAGUGAGGGCUACCCCGUCUACUGCUCCAUCGAGGAGAAGAACCUUGUCUCCUACAGACUCUUUCAAAAGCUUGGCUUCACAGAGGACCCUGAAUACAGAGCAGUGUGGUAUGGAUUUAAUAGUUUAACUUGAUUAAAAAUGGGAUUUCACUGCAAAAAUUAAUUUUAAAAUGGCAAAAAUGGAUAUUAAAAAGAUCUUGGAAGAAGAUUGGUUCAGCAUCAAUGCACUUUGACUGGGUCAUUUGUUCUCAGCAUUGGAUGAAUCCCCCGAUCUGAAACAAACAACAAGAUGAUUGUAUAACCAACAAUACACACUAUUGUCGUCAAGCUUGCCAAGUAUAAACAGCUGCAGAGGCAGCAGAGACGAUUGAGACCAGAAGUGGUUUCAGACCUCAGAGUCUGUACAGGGCAGCGGCGGAACAGAGCCAUAUUUGAAGACCUGAAAGUUGGGCGCAUGUUUUUUAAAUAAUUUCUUUGCUAUUGGAAACGCCUGACAUUAAAGCCAGUGAGUCGGGACGCUCUCAUCAUAUCUGUCACGUGAAGUGACUUAAAUCAAGAUUUGUUUUAAAAUCUGUACUGUGAAAAUGCAGACACGUACACAGUUGUGAUUGGAUCAAAACUCUCCAAUAAAUUGAAUAAAAAUGCAUCAUCAUUCAUUUGUCUGUAUUCUAUCUGCAAUAUAAUUGGCACUGUGGAAAAAUGUAGAGCAGAAAGUAACAAUAUAAUUCCCUGAAGUGCUGAAUAGAUAGACAUUAUUUAUCUUAUCUGAAAACUCACCCUUCGUAAACAAAUCCACAUAAAAACACAGCGGCACUGUUCAUUUACAAAUCUUUAUUUACAUGAGUGAACAUGCAAAAAUCGACAAACAACUGAAUAAAACCUCCACCAGCCCAUGAAAUAAAUAAAUAACCAUUGAAAACUGAACACAAAAGGGUAAAACAAACUAUUCUUCUCAGGCAAUGUUGACCUUUAGGCCUUUAUUGUCACAAUGGGUAAUGAAAAGGCUGAUCAUGCCUUGUUGGUCGGAGAUGGGUGGCCUCACUAAAAGGGCAGUGGUAGUACAGACAACUCUCGUUGCAUUUUUGAAUGUUGAGAUGUGUAACUAAAAUGAAAAAUGACAAAAAAAAGUCACCACAGACAACAUUUACAAAUUAAAAAAUGGACCACACGGCAAUAACAAUGACAUGUUUUCUUUCAUCUACGCUUGGUUGUUGGUAUCAUAUUUUCUUCAGUUUAGCCUUAUAAAUCUGUUCAUGCUACAACAUUCCUCGUUCCUCAGUUACAUAAAAUAAAAAUAAAAGCAUAAGUGUAAACCAGCAUUUCGCUUACUAUGUAUAGAAAUAUAUAUCUAUAUAUAUAUAUAUACAAAUAAGUAAACAGAAAAUGGCUGUAAGACAAAAUAGUCAAAGGUAAAACAUGUAGAAGUAAAUGCUGAAAUAAAAGUUUACACAUCCUCACAAAUGCAUGCUUAACUUACCGUGCAGUCCACCACGCUUUUCUCCACGUUUGUUUUGCAUUUUUUUCCCUCUUGCGUUUCCUCAAAAUUCUCCAUCUUCAUCUCCGUCUUCUUCGAAAGGGCAACAAGUGAACACGCACAUCUCCGCCCCUCCCUCCCUCUGGUCCGAACCAACUUCCACCCUCAAACCACAUCUGGUCUCGUAAUCAUGUGCCUCUGCAGCCAGAUGCUUCUCCAAGUGUAAUGUGUUUAUCAAGGUGGGCGGUGCCUUGAAAACGGUUUGUUUCAGUGAAAACAAAACAAACCGUUAGUUUUCACUGAAAUGUGGCAGUUGCCCAAAUUUUGAAAAAAUCGUCUCUGUUUCAUCAGAAGUGUGAGCACAACAAUGUGAUUAAAAACAAAUGA